AACAGUUCCAUCUUAACUAUUAUUGAAAGUAGUGCAUUUGUUAGCAAGCAAACCGCUUCUUAAUAAUUUAGAUAAACUUAAUUUAAUCAUUGUGUUUUAAAUUAAUUUUAUUCAAAACAUUAAUUGCAAUCUUAAGUACGCAUUAUGUCUUGGUGUGGUCGCGACUUUAAACCACGAAUUUUUAAGAAAUACUCACCCAUAAUUUGCUAUGAAAAAUCAUCAUAUUCGUGUGUGUCUAAAACAGAUUAUGACGAUAAGCGACAUAAUGCUUUGAUGGGUGAAAAAGUCCAAACACUUGUUGUUCCAAAACGAUCUGCUCGAACUUGGAACCUUCAAAUGGGUGAUUUGUGUCGUAUCACCGUCUCCGAAGGAUCUCAAGUUGGAGACAUGAAUUUUUGGAACUCAGACAAUACCAAGGAGAGAUUUUACUCUGGAAAAACUAGGCAGUUCCAUAGCACCCACUUAAAAGUAUACGACCAGCUGUGGAGUUGUAUGCCGUAUUUGCGUCCAAUGGCUACAUUUGUGUUUGAUUCACUUGCGAAGUAUGGUAUUGAUGAAGAUGGUGGUUCGCUUCAUGACGUCAUUGGAACUAGAUGUGACGAUUAUACUUACAAACUGAUCACAGGGAAAGAGCGUUUUGGAAGUUGUCAUAGCUAUUUGACGGAGGCGGUUAAAAAGAUAGGUUUAACUGAAGAGGAUGUACAUGAUGUAUGGAACAUUUUUAUGUGUACUGGCUUUACAAAGGAUACACAACAAUACUUUUGCAAACCAAGUCCUGCUCAAAAAGGAGAUUAUAUUGAAUUUAUUGCUGACAUGAAUUUGUUGGUUGCGUUAAGUGCUUGUCCACAGGGCGAUGUAUCGAUUCCCGUUGGACAAGAAGUUCCAGAUGAUUUAUGCCAUCCGCUUUUAGUUGAAGUUUUUAGAAAAUCUUAAUUUUAAUUAAAACUUAAUAAAAUAAUAGAUUGCUUUCA